AUGUCGAAAGAGGUACCUGCUGAGCGAACUUCUUGGACUGGGCAAAAAUAUAUGGGAAUUCCGAACUACGAGCAUCCUGGGUAUGGAUUACAAACAUCAGAAGAGGCAAUAUUCAUUGGGGACUUCAACAUAUUGGUGUUCUGGUGGGUCUUGCUUACCAAGUUUUGGAGCACGCACGGAGCGAGAAUGUCCUCAGCAUUGACCGGGGCUAUGCUAUCAGCUCUGGACGUCAAGCUACUAUUAUCCGAGCGCCAAAGCAUCCGAUUCCAAGCGCAGUCCGGUCGAGGCAAAGCUAUCGGGUCCGAAAUUGGAAGACCGACGCUACCCUCACUCAAAAUCAGGGCAUCUGGAAGAUGUUGGUGCGGGAAUCAGACUGGUGUAAUCACAGCCGAGCUGGGAAGUCAUACAACCCCAUUUCAUAAAGUGAUGAUAAAUAGCCUACACAAUGCGCCGAAGUUUGGGAUCUGGCUCGGGACAGAUGCAUUGCCAGGCUGCAUACGCACAGACUCGGCCCUGGCAGCUCUCAUGAAAGCUCCUGCAUUCGUUGUUGGAUGCCGCUAUGUCGGAGUAUAUACUAGUGUCGGAGGUACGUUCCCAGCCAUAGAUCCAGACCACGGUCAGAGACAGGAACCAUUGCCACGGACUAAUCAGCUGGAGUUGAUCUGCCGGGGGUCAACGUUGCGUCUGACGAAGCCUACCCUCCAGAACCGCGACCAAAGAUAUUUCGUCAGGACAUCCUGGUGUAAGAUCUAUGCUGGUGCCUGCGCCAUGGAUCGAGGGUUUAUCCGGCAGGGCGGGCACACCGCGUUUGCCACCCUUGGAAUCGAGUUCCAACCAACAUCAUUGGAUCUUGAAACGGCAGAAAUCACAAAGCGAAAAGGUCAAUGCAAAAAUCCAGACGCGUCGCUGGUGAAAUUCUGGGGCGGGGCAUCUGGUCGAGCGAGUGUGAUGGAGGGGGAGACUAGAGGAAGUCGUCUGAUCGCUCAGCACGGCGUGAAUGACGCCCUCACCCUCUCACAUUCUUCGGCUCUCUGUGACACCGGCAGCUGCAGAUCGACUGUGCGUAGAGAAUCGGUUGGGUCUGGGGUUACACGUCGCCAUCCCCUCCAGACCGAUAGCCAGUCUCCGUUCAGGAUUAAUCCUCCCAUCAGCUUCGGCCAAAGGGCCUCGGGCAAGCAUGGACUCACUUGGGGAGGGGACCGUCUCGCUCGGGUUUCAUCGGCUGAACAGGGGUAUCAGGCGAGAGGAACUGCUGUUGAGGAGCCUGGAGGUGAAUAUAAACAACCACGGAGUCCAUGCCAGAGGAGACUAGACGAAUAUCUGGCGGUCGCCGUCUUAUGUCGUACAAACUUCAUCCUUUGUCCGAAUCCAUCUGCUUACUAUUUUUCCGAGUUUACGGAGUACCUCUACAGCACUUCAUCGUUCUGUGACUUUUCUUUUUUGGGGCCUGGCUGA